CUCACUCCAGCCACUCCGCACCGAGACAGAAACAGAGCUCCACGCAGAGCUUUAAAGGGAGACGAGCAAAGCCACCGAAAAAAGUGGCAAGUCGCAAGAAAAUAAGAGGAGAGGCAGGAGAGAGGCCGUUAAUGCCAGAUGCUAUCAUAUAACAUUUCACAGAAAACACAGACAGAGAGAGAAGAGGAAGAGGAGGAGGAGGAGGAGGAGGAGCACAAACCGGACUAUUCUGUUUGGGAACAACUCUUCGCCACAUCAGUUUAUCUCUGCUUUCUACCUGCUAGGACUGGACAAUGACAGAGGAGGCAGAAGUGGGAGUCGACCUCUCUCCAACCUCCGAGUCUGAGCAACAGGCUCCACAUUUUCUACAAGAUGUCAUCUUCCACGGCAAGUUUAAGCUGCUGAAGGCUCUAACUCCAGAGGAAAAUACCCAGUGCCAACAUGGACUCUACUUCCAAGACGGUCAGCGGCGAGUAGACUACGUCCUCACCUACCCUUUGAAGAAGCCGUCCGGGGGCCGCUCCGGACGACAGUCGUCGCACCUUCUCACUGAAAAUGCUGUCGCCCGCAGCCUACGCCGUGGCCCCCGUAGUCGCGACGAACAUCACCGACAUCACCAAGCACAAAGGGCGAAAGACUCGUCAUCCAUGCCAUCGUCACCGGUGGGCGACGUGGAGCUGGGCUGUCCGGGAGAGACCUCCAAUGGUCAAGAGGAUCACAAGAUGUUCAGGAGGGAGGAGUUUGAGGGAAAACUGAGAGACAUGGGGCUGGAGCUGGAGAAAGAUGAGGAGACCAAGAUUUCAGGAGUGGGAUUUGUGAAGAUUCAUGCUCCCUGGAAUAUUCUCUGUCGAGAGGCCGAGUUAAUGAAGCUAAAGAUGCCCACCAAGAAGGUGUAUGAAGUCAAACAGUUGAGUGGUGUUAUGGAGAAGAUCAACUCCCUGAUCAGUAAAGUUGUGGAACCUCUCCACCCUCAUGUUGAGGAAAGUCAACCCAAGAACAUCAAACACCUGUCACACACUUUCUCCAGGGAGAAACAACACCUGUUUGACCUCUCAGACAAAGAUUACUUCUUUGACAGCAGAACAAGGAGUUCAAUAGUUUUUGAAAUACUAAAAAGAACAAAAUGCAAGGCCAAGUACAGCAUGGGUAUCACCAGUCUCCUGGGUAGUGGUGUCUAUACAGCAGCUUACCCUCUUCAUGAUGGAGAUAUUAAUGAAGAGAGCGCAGUGCCCAAUGACAGAAAGCUUUUGUAUGAAGAGUGGGCAAACUACAGUGUCUUCUACAAGUACCAGCCCAUCGGACUUGUACGGAAGUAUUUUGGGGAGAAGAUUGGUCUGUACUUUGCUUGGUUGGGUCUGUAUACCCAGAUGCUGAUUCCUGCCUCUCUAGUCGGGGUCAUUGUGUUUCUGUAUGGAUGUGCAACAGUCGAUGAUAACAUACCAAGCAUGGAGAUCUGCCACCCACGGAACAACAUCACCAUGUGUCCUCUGUGUGACAGAGUGUGCAGCUACUGGAAACUUAGUACUGCCUGUGCAACGGCCCGGGCCAGUCACCUGUUUGACAACCCUGCCACCGUUUUCUUCUCUAUAUUCAUGGCUUUGUGGGCUGCCAUGUUCAUGGAGCAUUGGAAGAGGAGGCAGAUGAGACUGAACUAUGAAUGGGACCUGACUGGGUUUGAAGAUGAGGAGGAAGCUCUCAAGGACCACCCAAGGGCCGAAUAUGAAUUCAGGGUCAUGCAGAAGUCACUCAGCAAAGAUCAGAAAUCACAGCACAAGAUUGAAAAGCUCACAUGUCGAGACCGCUUCCCAGCCUACAUGACUAACAUUGUCAUGAUGCUGUUAAUGAUUGGCGUUACGUUUGCCAUUGUGUUUGGUGUGAUCCUCUACCGUAUCUCCACCAAAGCCGCUCUUCAUAUGAGCUCCAAUCCGGUCACACGUAGCCACGUACAACUGACGGUUAAAACCACUGCAGCCAUCAUCAACCUGGUGGUCAUCCUCAUACUGGAUGAGGUGUACGGAGCUGUGGCACGAUGGCUCACUGUGUUAGAGGUUCCUAAAACAGACAAGAGUUUUGAGGAACGACUUAUCUUCAAGACCUUCAUUCUCAAGUUUGUCAAUGCUUUCACCCCCAUCAUCUACAUUGCUUUCUUCAGGGGAAGACUGGUAGGUAGACCAGGCAGCUACCUGUACGUGUUUGAAUCCUACAGAAUGGAAGAGUGUGCUCAUGGAGGCUGUCUGAUGGAGCUGUGUAUCCAGCUGAGUAUCACCAUGGUGGGGAAGCAGCUAAUUCAGAACAACCUUUUUGAGAUUGGCGUACCCAAGCUGAAGAAGCUGAUUCGCUACAUUAAGUCAAAGCAAGGGGCUUUUCAAGAAGAAGAGAGAAAGAAGAAGCUGCAGAGAUACGAAACGGACCACUUCCUGGAACCAUUCGCUGGGUUAACACCUGAAUAUAUGGAAAUGAUCAUCCAGUUUGGUUUUGUUACAUUGUUCGUGGCAUCCUUCCCCCUGGCUCCACUCUUUGCUCUGCUCAACAACAUCAUUGAAAUACGACUUGAUGCCAAGAAAUUUGUUGCUGAGUUGCGAAGACCAGUGGCAGCAAGAGCCAAAGAUAUUGGUAUAUGGUACAACUUACUAAGAGGGGUAGCAAAUGUGGCCGUCAUCAUUAAUGCAUUUGUCAUCUCCUUCACCUCAGACUUCAUCCCUCGGAUGGUCUACCAGUACAUGUACAGCCCUGAUGGCUCCAUGCAUGGAUUUGUCAACAAUACGUUGUCCUACUUUAAUGUGAGCCACUUCCAGGAAGGCAAAGAAACCAUGGAUCCGUUGUACCUUGGCUACCACGUUGAGAUGUGCAGGUAUAAGGACUAUAGAGAACCCCCUUGGUCCACCACUCCAUAUGAGAUCUCGAAGGAAUUCUGGGCAGUGCUGGCUUUCCGUUUGGCAUUUGUCAUUGUUUUCCAGAAUGUCGUGAUGCUGAUGAGCGACAUUGUGGACUGGCUGAUUCCAGACAUCCCUAAAGACAUCAGCCUCCAGAUCCACAAGGAGAAGAUUCUAUUGGUAGACCUUUUCAUGAAAGAAGAGCAAGGCAAGAUCCGUAGAUCUGAGAGCAGAGCCUCUACAGGGGGUAAGGAGAACUGCAGCAGGAGCAACAACAACAACAACAACAUCACAAUGGCUCAGCCACGCUCGGGACUGCACACCAACAGCACUAAAAGCCUCUAAUGCCCGUAACAAUGAAUUCUUAGUUCAGUGGAGUAGUUCUUUGUGAGCAAGUCUUGCUAGCAGCCUACUAGCUCAGGCCAACCUAAAAUAUGUGUUUUUGUCCUUGUUCAGAACAUUCCAACAAUUGGGAGAGCAGCUGGCUGAUGAGGUGUGAGGAGAGCAAAGGUGAAUGUAUGGGGCCAAAUAUGUUGCAAUGUGCGUGAAGAGUUGUGAACCUGUAUCUCAAUUCAUACGUGCGUAUUAAGAUUACGGGAAUCUGUAAAUGUGUUUUUAGCUUCGCGUGUGCAGCAUUUGUGAAUGUGUACACAAAUCUGUAAAUUCGCACACGGAUUUGAGAAUAUGUAAGAAUAAGGCAUGCUCAGAUUUGUAAAGUGUACGUAAAUCUCUAAAUGUGCAAAAGAUUUAUGCAUUUGUACAAGAAUCUGAAAAUGUGCGCUCAAAAAACUCAAUGUAAAUGGAUUUUUAUUAAUGAGUGAAAAGUGCAAGGGGGCCGCGAAUUACUCUCAUUAUUUGCGUCACUAAAAUGUCUCAAUUUACUGGGGAAUACUAAGAAUACAGAUGUAAAUGAGCUCUUGCAAAGGUGCCACUAAAUAAAUGCAGAAAAUGUUUUCUGUUUCUGAACUUUUCCUUGAAGGUAAGACACAUUUUGGAGCUGCAAGUGUGUAUUAAUCUUGCAAGAGGCAGCUAUUUGAAACGGAACAGGUUUGAAGCAUUGCUGCUCUUAUGUGUCGUGUCAACCCGUUCUCGUUCCUAACUCGUAGCAUACGGACGCUUGAUCAGGACCCCUUCGUGUCACUUUUUAACACACUGGGUAUCCCUUGGUGUCACUUAGGUUUAGGCCACAAAACUACUUGGUUAGGUUUAGUAAAAGAUUGUGGUUUGGGUUAAAAUAAGUAUUAAUUACGUAAGAUACGAAACUUGAAGUGGCAUAAGUACUUUGUGUAACGUACUUCCAUUGAUCCAUCCAUUCAUUGUCUACCAAUUAU